ACACAUGCCAACUUUUUUUUAUCGCUGCCAACCAUCCCUAAACGGUAACAACACGUAUAAACAGAUCCAUGUCACGCGCCUGCCCGGUCAGAACACAGCGAGCGCGAGCGCGAGGAGAUAUCCCCGCAGUCCGGACAAUCUUCACAAUCCGACGAGGACUCGCUUGACUCUUUGUUGGAGGGAAAUCUUGGAGUAAAGGGGAAAUGGAAAGUGCGGGUGGAUUUUCAUGGAUGACAUCAUAGUUUAAAUACGUUGACAUGGAAAUGGCAUCACGUUUGGACUAUAACAGGAGCUUAAAGAAGAAAGCUGGAGUUAUUUAACUGCCGUGUUUGAGAGAAACGCAUCACUGAAGACCGACCACAAAUAUAACUGAAGAAACUCCUGGGACAGAGUUCUGGAGCUGCUUUAUAGGUUCCGACCUAACACAUCCUAGUCUGAGAGCGCCAUCCUCAGUGUAACGUCAGGUGGAUGAAUCUGUUCCCUUGAAUCUGUUCUCUCACAUAACAACGAAACAGUGAAUCUACCUGAUCUCCCGAAUCUACUGUUUCAAGUGUAAUCAACUCUUUCCACCCAGCUGAAUUAAAGUGAUUUGACCUAAUCCUGAAUAGAGCUUGAUCUCACACUGGAAGGUGGUCUUUGACAUAAGGAGAUGAAACGAGAACGUUUCAAGCCCCCGGAACCAGAUGACCCUCUGUGUUGCUGUGGUGACAUCGACCAGCAAAGAGAAAACUGUUGCUGUGACUGUGAAGAACUUGAUAAUGCCUGCGAAAGAUUACUCAGAGGAGAGACAGACAAGCCAGACAUCAUCUCUCGUUUCAUUUCUCUUUUUGCUGAUCGCUUGGGUCUGCCUUGUUGUGCCAUAGGACCCGUUCGAUUGGAACUCUCAGUUCUACCUCCGAUGGUAUUGCUUCCUGGACUACUGCGGGUAGCAGCAAUAAAUUGUUUGUUGGGAGUUGUUAUCUUGACCGCCCUACCAGGAUUGGUGUUUUGGUAUUACUACGUAACUCACAGAAGGAAAAGACGCACACAGUUUUUUCUUAGUUUGGCACUCUUCUCCCUUGCCUAUAUGUACUACCUUUUCCUCACUGAGAUCCUUCCCAGAGGAGAUGUAAGUAAACUGCAGCUGGUUACCGCGACGACAAGCAUGGUGUUGAUGCUCAUCUCCCUCGUGCACACCAAAAGGGGCCCAGGCUUUGUCAGAUCCCAAGCACAAGGUGUGGAACUCGACAGUUGCUCUACCGCCAAUAGCAAAAACUCUCACCAGGACUCCUCCCCCUCCAAUAAAAUCAGCCAAUCAAAUGGGGUGAUUGAAGAAAAGGAAAGGUGGUGCCCUGUGUGUCGACUGGUACGUCCGCCGAGGGCAGGGCACUGCAGGAUUUGUGGGACGUGUGUUCUUCGGAUGGAUCAUCACUGUAUUUGGAUAAACAGCUGUGUGGGGCAAGCCAAUCACAGGCAGUUUCUUCUGACGCUCCUUCUUUUCUUGCUGACAUCGUUUUACGGGAUCAGUUUGGUCUUGCGGAGCAUAUGUCCCCGACAGAGUCUAUUUACGGCCAUGUUAUAUUGCCCUGGAGUUUACAACCAAUACAGCACAGCACUGUGCUUCACAUGUGUGUGGUACAGUUUUGUCAUAACAGGAGGUCUGCUUUACCUGUUCAUCCUUCAAGUCAUCAACGUUAGUUAUAACGUUACAGAGCGGGAAGCACAGAUCGCCUUGCGCUACAAAAUGGGCAGACGGCGUUACUGUGGCCUGGUUGUGGAGACUGGAACCUACACACGAGGUUUCCGCCAGAACUGGAUCCAGUUCCUCACCAUGAACACAAAUGAGAAUGAAUCUCCCUUCACAGACAUGGUAUGAUGCAAAGAGAGCUUAAACAUGACCCUAGAAUGAAUUUUUAUUUCUUCUGUACUUACAAUAUCUCACAUGUAGGGCACACCUGAAUGUUUGGUUGGUCUGAAGGAGGAACUGGGUCAAAAGCUUGUUUGACACAUUUACCCGCACAUUUAGUAAAACUGUCAGAGUUAAAAAUCUUUGAUGUUCUUAAUUUGUAUUUUAGUCAGUAUAUGGACAUAUUGAAUCAGGCCUCUCAUAGUGAGACCAUUACUCUGUAUGCAACCACAGCACGAAGCAAAAGUUUCACGAAACGAAACCACCUGCUCCUUACAUACCUCAAAGGUUAAACUGCCUGAAACAUCAACAAUGAAGCAAUGAUAAGCCAUCAAUAGAGUUUUUUGUCAUCUAAAUUUACAAUCAGAAUACUUUUGCUUUGAUUUUUAUUGUCAGUAUCAAUGCUGAAGCAGCGUGUAAUUCUUGUCUUUUUUUAAAUGCUGCUGAGCACUCUCAGGAAACAAAUUUUUAUGUACAUUUUCCAGAUUUGUGUAUUAGUGUUUAUUGAACAACAACUAGUCAUUCUAUCCAUAAAUGUACAAUAUAUUAUCUUUUAUUAAUAAUUAAAGAUUAUACAUUAUUUCA